ACACUUGUAUUUCUACUGUUCUUUGUUCGCCUAUCUGUGAUAUUUAGAUGUGACGUUAUGACGCCUUCUUGAGCUAGGUUUACAGAUAGGAGAUGGAAGUUCUGGUUCUGGUUCUGGCAACUAAUGUAGGAUGUUUUUAGUGAUUUUUUUUAUUUUUUAAUAGAUGCGGAUUUCCAUGGAUGUAACCACAUGCGUGUGACUGCGCCUUGGUGUUGACCAGUCGUGGGUUUGACUAUGUCCUACGUGUUUUACUUUGGACGCGGCACAUUAGAUAACACACAUUUUCGAAAACAUGACACGUGUGAUAGACUAUAGAAAUAAGAUAAUUUUGGCUCCUAUGGUAAGAGUGGGCACAUUGCCCAUGAGACUCCUCGCUUUACAUUACGGGGCUGACUUAGUCUACACCGAGGAGCUUAUUGACUACAAACUUCUGAAAUGCAAGAGGAUAGAAAACAAAAUAUUAGGCACAGUUGACUAUAUUGACGAUGAUUAUCAGGUUGUGUUUCGAACAUGUGAGAAGGAGAAGGGACGAGUCAUCUUGCAAAUUGGAACAUGUAGUCCAGAAAGAGCAGUUCAGGUGGCCAAGUUUGUUGAGAAGGAUGUUUCGGGCAUCGAUGUCAACAUGGGAUGUCCAAAGGAGUUUUCACUUAAGGGUGGAAUGGGAGCGGCCCUACUGACACAGAGAGAAAAAGUAAAAGCAAUACUAACGAGUCUUGUGCAAAACACACACCUGCCAGUGACCUGCAAGAUCAGAGUUCUUGAAGAGGUUGAAGAGACAAUAUCCUUAGGAAAACUGAUUGAGUCCACUGGAGUCAAAGCCAUAGCGGUGCAUGGCCGAACUAAGGAAGAGAGGCCGCAGCAUCCCAACCGAAACUACGUCAUCAAGGCCAUGGCCGAACAUCUCACCAUUCCUGUUAUAGCAAAUGGUGGCUGUGGUGAAAUAAAAAGUUUUGAUGAUAUUGAGCUGUUUCGGCAGGCAACUGGUGCAGCAUCGGUGAUGGUAGCACGCCAGGCAGAGAGCAACUGCUCAAUAUUCUGUCGGGAUGGGUUGAAGCCUCUCGAUGAUGUCAUCAGAUCUUAUCUCAGCUUUGCCAUUGAGUACGACAACAGAGCUACCAACACAAAGUACUGUGUUCAGCAAAUGCUUGGCUCACUCCAAGAAUCGGAAAGAGGAAAGCAGCUCUUAGCAAGUCAACAAAUGGAAGAAAUCUGUGUGCUGUGGAACAUGGAUACAAUAUACAAUGCCAAGCAGAAAGAGCUACACUACAUGGCUCAGAAGCUGAGGGAGCUACCAAAUGAUGAUCAGGGCCCAGAACGCUCUCUGAAAAAGUGCAAAGUUGGAAACGACGAAAUAUGGCAAAUGGAAGCCAAAUUUGUGAGAAAUAUGUUCGACAUGUCAAGCCUACCGAAGACCGUCUUGAUCAACUGGACAAGAAAGAACAACUUCCCGCACCCCAGAUAUAAAACUGAAGGUAUAGAAAAGAGUUUCCGUUCCAUUGUGAUGGUGAAUGGCAAAAAGUAUUCCAGCACGCACCUAGAGAAGAACAAGAAGUAUGCUGAACAAGCAGCUGCUGUUGUAGCAUUGUUUUCUCUAGGGCUGAUUGACAAAUCAAUGAUCCGGGGAAGUGCUGCUGGACUGCCAAUAGACUCAUCAUACAAGUUGAAAUAAAAGAGUUGUAUUUCCAAAAA